AUGACCGCUGCCGGUGGCGAGGAGGGCAAGCAGCGCGCACGCGGAGCCGCGGAAGAAGCGAGAGGGACCAAAGCCAUGAGGAGGAACCGCUACUUCACGAGGCUCAAGGCCAGACGAAGUUAUUCAUGGCUGGACUGUGAGUUCUACGACAGGAAACUUCACCACAAUCUCUACAAAAGUAUUUGUGUGACAUCGCCAAGCAGCAACAUCAAAGUCCAGAUCAAUCUAGGGGACUAUGUGCUUGUUGAGGGGCAUGACGAUGACAACCCAUAUAUCGCUAAGCUGAUCAAGCUCUCCAGGGAUGUCUCUUCGUUAGAGUCUGAGCCUAACUCGCACGCGGUGGUCCAGUGGUUCAUUCGCUUGAGUGAGAUCCCCGUCAGCAAGCGCAAGCUGCUUGGCCGAGAGGCUGCCGAACAGGAGAUCUUCUGGUAUGAUGACCCUCCGAGGGACGUUAGGGUUGAGAGCAUCCUCGGCCCAGUUCAGGUGGUGGCUUUGGCCCCAGAGGAGGCGGUACCAAAGGGGCAGAAAGACAAACAGACGUUCUAUGUCAAACUCUCAUGGGACAACAAGUGUUUCCGACCUCUGGCCCCAAAGCUGCUUGCUGAGAUGAAGAAGUCACAUGAGAUGAGUCCUCGGCGCAAUGCCUCUCCCAAGGUGGUGGGAGCCAGGCCCGAGAACACUGCCGAGCGGGGCAUCGGACGCAUAGAGUCACGGCAUUCCAUUUCCAAGUCCUGUCCCUCCCAGGAGAUACGUGCUAGCCGAACUCCCCGUUCCUCCACCCCUCCCCGGGCCAGAAAGCGGCUAGAUCUGAGAAGUCCCCAGAGCACGCCCUGCAAACCUCCCCGCACCAGGCCGGCCGAGCCUAAGCCCAACAGUCCCUGUAACUCUCUGGGACCAACUAAACGGAAAAUGGCCUUGCCUGAGACCCCUUCACCUUCUAAGAAAACUCGUGCCAAUAGCAGGAUUCAUGCCUUUCCUGCAGCUCAGAAAGAAGCCACACCUAACGAGAAGAUGAGACUCGCUCCUCUUACAGCAGGUGUGGAGGCCAGCCCUCCCGUAGUCUUGAGGCCUAAGAUCAGCCAGCCCAGGGUGGCCAAAGGGACAGAUUCAGAGGAGGCCGGGGCCAAGAGCCCACGGAGGCGCAGGAUGCAAUCGCUCAGGUCCUUGAGAAAGAUCAAGGAGACUUUAAGAAUUUUAGGUAACAAUAAAUGUGACUCAGAAAAUGAAGAUGAAUACUUACCAGAAGAAGAGGAAACCUCCGGCUCUGACUGCAGCAGCGUUGAGGAAGAAGAGGCUUCCACCCCCCGCCAAUGCCAGGGAAGACAAAGCACUGUGGUCUGUGCCCAGCGCUCUGCCAGAAAGUCUUCCACAGAGGCCACCCCUUCCAAGACCACUACCAAGACACAUCCUAAGACACCUACCAAGACACUUUCCAAGACCCCCAAAAAAACAUCCGAGCUCAGGACCCCCCAGAUCCGCAGGCGCAGACAAGCUGCCCAGAAACCCACCAAUACGCUUGAAGAGGCCCGGAUGAGGCUGCACAUCUCUUUCGUGCCUGAGUCUCUGCCUUGUAGGGAGCAGGAGUUCCAAGACAUCUACAGUUUUGUGGAAAGCAAACUUCUUGACAGGACGGGAGGGUGCAUGUACAUCUCUGGGGUCCCCGGGACGGGGAAGACAGCCAUUGUGCACGAGGUGGUGCGUUCCCUGCAGCAGGCUGCCCAGACAGAGGAGCUGCCCUCCUUCCACUACAUUGAGGUCAAUGGCAUGAAGCUGACCGAGCCCCAUCAGGCCUAUGUGCAGAUCCUGCAGAAGCUGACGGGUCAGAAGGCCACAACCAGCCAUGCCGCAGAGCUGCUGCAGAGGCGAUUCAGCCAGCCUGCGCCCGGCCAGGAGACCACAGUGUUGAUGGUGGAUGAGCUUGACCUCCUGUGGACGCCGAAACAGGAUGUGCUGUACAACCUGUUUGACUGGCCCACUCACCGCAGCAGCCAGCUCGUCGUCCUGGCCAUCGCCAAUACCAUGGACUUGCCCGAGAGAAUGAUGAUGAGCAGAGUGGCCAGCCGCCUGGGCCUCACCAGGAUGUCCUUCCAGCCUUACACCUACAAGCAGCUACAGGAGAUCAUCGUGUCCCGCCUAGAAGGUGUGAAGGCCUUCGAAGAUGAUGCCAUCCAGUUGGUGUCCCGGAAGGUAGCAGCCCUGUCUGGUGAUGCCCGGCGCUGCCUGGACAUCUGCAGGCGAGCCACAGAGAUCUGUGAGUUCUCCAGCCAAAAGCCAGAUUCCUCAGGCCUGGUCAAGGUGGCCCACAUCCUGGAAGCUGCGGAAGAAAUGUUUUCAUCUGCUUACAUAAUGGCUAUCAGGAACGCCUCCGUCCUGGAGCAGGGCUUCCUGAGAGCCAUCCUGGCAGAAUUCCAUCGGUCAGGCCUUGAAGAAGCAACGCUCCAGCAGGUCUACCAUCAGCACGUGGCUUUGUGCAGAAUCGAGGGUCUGCCACACCCCACAGUGUCCGAGACCAUGGCCGUGUGCUCACGUCUGGGCUCCUGCCGCCUUCUGCUAGUGGAACCCAGUAAAAACGAUCUCUUACUGCGAGUGCGCCUGAAUGUGAGCCAGGACGACGUGCUCUAUGCUCUGAAGGAAGAGUGACGAGGAAGCCAGGAAAAAAUGCAUAACCUAUUACAAAUUAUUAUUAUUUUAAAAUUCAGUUUUUAU